CGAUGCAUUGCUGUUCCUUUGAAAAAAAAAAUGGCCGCUUCCGCAUGUGAGAGCAUGAUACGCUCUGGCAGUGUCGUUGCUCGCAAGUUAUGCCCCGUCUUCGCAACCCAAGUGCGAACUUCCGUUUAUGAUAAGAAUCACGUAGAGCCAUUCGUCGACAAGAAGAAACUGCAAGAACUGGAGACGUCAGGGGAAGUGGAAGACUACAAGUUCGUGCCUGUUAAGGCUGCGCCGAGCCAUGUGUCGACCUCUCUAUUUUACGACGCCACCCUGGACAAGUUCAUAAAUAUGUUGAUGCGCAAAGGUGACAAGGCACUCGCGAGGGAGAACAUUGAACUUGGACUGUUCAACGUGAAGCGUAUACAACUUACGAAGUACAACAGGGCCACUGACGAAGAGACGAAAAGGAAGGUCGAAUGCAACCCUGUGACUAUCCUGCACAAGGCACUUGAAAACUGCCGCCCGGUAUUGGAACUGAGCCCGAUCAAGCGAGGUGGCAUCACCUAUCAGGUACCUGUGCCCAUGACAGAAAACAGGGCUCGUUUUCUUUCCAUGAAAUGGAUGAUCGAUGCUGUCAACGACAAGGACCCCAAAGUUGCGUUCUGUGAUCAGCUCGCCAAAGAGUUGCUGGACGCGUACAACAACCAGGGAAGAGUCGUCAAAAAGAAGCACGAGCUACACAAGCAGUGUGAAGCCAACAAGGCUUAUGCUCAUUACAGAUGGUCGUAGACUUUCUCCAAGCCAUCAGCAUCCGCGCGUAGUUGUACAGAAAAUAAAUAAGUUUCGCUAUCCCA